AUGCCUGCAGCCUGGGUUCUGGCGUUUCUCGUGUGGGGCCUGGGCGCCCCGGCCGCUUGGGGCUGCCUGCAGUGCGACUCCUCUGUGCAGAGGGACCUGCACGAGCUGCGCUCUACCCUCGUCCCGGCCCACUUCUCUUCCCAGGGCCUGCAGGAGCGGGCCCACGCGCUGCUGCAGGGCAUGGAGGGGCACUUCUUCAGGGACUACGCCAAGAACGCCUUUGUGGGGAAACUGGAAGUAGAUCGCAUAGAAGGCAUCAGGGCCUUUGUCAAGAACGAAACCCAUGACUUGCAGGAAACGCCUCUGACAGACCUUCCCCUCCUGGAAGCGCUAGUGAGCUUCAGGGAAAGGUUGACCAAGGAGCUCAAGAAGGCUUUACGCUCCUACGAGAUGAAAGCCUGUGAUCACAAAUUGUGCCGCUUGCUCAAAAAAGAGGUCUUGGACUGCUUGCACUGUCAGAAAAUCAGUUCCACCUGUAUCAGGAACAAAUACUGCUUUGUGGACGGACAGCCUCGCAUGACGCUGAAGUACAAGGAUGGUGACUCCAGGAGUGACAUGAAGUUGAUUGGCAUCGCCGUCUCUGUGCUUGUGUCUAUUCUGGUCUUCUUGGCCAUCCUCACCUCGGCUUGCACCUACAGGGAAAACCGAAAACUCCUGCUGCGGUAG